UUGGAGAUCAUCUUCAAAAAUCAAAAAUGAAGUUCACACUGACCCGUCGGUGCUUGGUACUCUUCAUCUUCCUAAAUCACCCAACCCCAAUUCUUCCUGCCACUUCAAAUGACACCUAUCCUCCAGAUAUGAAGUCCGAGCCAUUUCUGUACGUCCUAGGACGAAAGAAAAUGUCGGACGCGCAGUACAAAUGCUAUGACCGCAUGCAGCAGUUGCCCCCGUACCAAGGAGACGGUCCGUAUUGCAACCGUACCUGGGAUGGCUGGCUGUGCUGGGAUGAUACUCCAGCUGGAGUUCUGGCCCAGCAAUACUGCCCAGACUACUUUCCGGACUUUGACUCAUCAGAAAAGGUUACAAAAUACUGUGAUGAGAAUGGGGAUUGGUAUAAACAUCCUGAGAACAAUCGAACCUGGUCCAACUAUACUAUGUGUAAUGCUUUCACUCCUGAGAAACUGAAGAACGCGUACGUCCUGUACUACUUGGCUAUUGUGGGUCAUUCUAUGUCGCUUUUCACCUUGGUGAUUUCGCUGGGGAUUUUCGUGUUUUUCAAGAACCUUGGCUGCCAACGGGUAACUCUGCACAAGAACAUGUUUCUGACUUACAUUCUGAAUUCUAUGAUUAUCAUCAUCCACCUGGUUGAAGUAGUGCCCAAUGGAGAGCUCGUGAGAAGGGACCCGCUGAGCUGCAAGAUUUUGCACUUUUUUCACCAGUACAUGAUGGCGUGCAACUAUUUCUGGAUGCUCUGUGAGGGAAUCUACCUGCACACACUCAUCGUGGUGGCCGUGUUCACUGAGGAGCAACACCUGCGUUGGUAUUAUCUCUUGGGCUGGGGGUUCCCGCUGGUGCCAACUACCAUCCAUGCUAUUACUCGGGCGCUGUACUUCAAUGACAACUGCUGGCUGAGUGUGGAAACCCAUUUGCUUUACAUCAUCCAUGGCCCUGUGAUGGCAGCCCUGGUGGUCAAUUUCUUCUUCCUGCUCAACAUCGUCCGGGUGCUUGUAAACAAACUGAAGCAAACCCAAGAGGCGGAAUCGCACAUGUACCUGAAGGCUGUGAAGGCCACUCUGGUCCUGGUGCCCCUGCUGGGAAUCCAGUUUGUUGUCUUUCCCUGGAGGCCAUCCAACAAGUUGCUUGGGAAGAUCUAUGAUUAUCUGAUGCACUCUCUGAUUCAUUUCCAGGGAUUCUUCGUUGCCGUGAUUUACUGCUUCUGCAACAAUGAGGUCCAAACCACCGUGAAGCGCCACUGGGCCCUCUUCAAAACCCAGUGGGAUCAGCGCUGGGGGCGGAGGAACGCCCGCCGCCGCGCCGCUGCCAGAGCUGCAGCCGCUGCUGCCGCCGCUGCCGCGACCGCGGCCGAGGCCGGCGACAUCCCGGUCUUCAUCUGCCAUCAGGACCUGAGGAACGAAGCUGCCAACAACCUGGGCGAGGAGGGUGCCGAGGUCAUCGCUCUGGAGAUCAUUGAGCAAGAGUCAUCCGCAUGA